AUGAAGGGCACUUGGAUGCUGGCCGCUGCGGGUCUCACUUCGACAGCAUUCGCUGAUGGUUCGGGCUGCCACUGUCUGCCUGGAGACAGCUGCUGGCCGUCCGCAUCAUCUUGGGAGUCGCUCAACUCCACGGUUGGCGGUCGCUUGGUCGCAACCGUGCCCAUUGGCAGCCCCUGCCAUGAUCCCACCUACGAUGCCGCUGCUUGUGCGGCGCUGAAGUCGAAUUGGACGGUUCCUCAGCCCCAUAUUGACUCGCCUUCCUCGAUUAUGCAGACCUAUUUUGCCAACCAGAGCUGCGAUCCCUUCACUGCGCAAUCUAAGCCCUGUGUCUUGGGUAACUAUGUGAGCUAUGCAGUCAAUGUCUCGUCUAGCGACGAUGUCAUUGCCGCCGUCAAAUUUGCUAAGGAGAACAACAUCCGCUUUGUCAUUAAGAACACUGGUCAUGACUACAUGGGCCGUUCUACUGGUGCCGGUGCGCUCUCAGUGUGGACGCACCAUCUGAAUGAUGUCGAGUACGAGGAUUGGUCCGACUCCUACUACCAGGGUCCUGCUUUCAAGGUCGCCGCCGGUGUGAUGGGUUACCAGAUACUCAACGCCGCUCAUGCGAAGGGGCUCGCCGUCGUGACUGGUGAAUGCCCGACCGUUGGUCUGGCUGGUGGCUACAUCCAGGGUGGUGGCCACUCUGCGCUCAGCACCAAAUUCGGCCUUGGAGCGGACAACGCGCUGGCAUUCGAGGUUGUUACCGCCAACGGCAACCUGGUGACUGCUACUCGUAGCAAGAACUCAGACCUUUUCUGGGCUCUGAGCGGUGGCGGCGCCGGUAACUAUGGUGUGGUCAUGUCCGUCACCGUCAAGGCUCACCCCGACACCAAGGUCUCUGGCGCCGGCCUCCAGUUCGCAGCCACCGCUAACACCACCGAGACUUUCUGGGAGGCUGUGACCCAAUUCCACUCACUCCUACCUCAGAUGACGGACCAGGGUGUCACCGUCAUUUACCAGAUGGUGGCGGGCAUCUUUGCCAUCAACCCCAUGACCGCAUACAACAAGACCGCCGACGACGUCAAGGCAAUCCUGGCUCCCUUCACUACCGUCCUCACCGACCUCGGCAUCGCCUACAAGGUCUCCUACACUGAGUAUGGCUCUUACUAUGACCACUACAACAAGUACAUGGGCCCUCUGCCCUACGGCAACCUCGCCGUCGCCGCCUACCAAUACGGCGGCCGCCUGAUCCCCCGCGACUUGCUGGAGACCAACGCCAUGGGCAUGAGCUCCGUGCUGCGCAACCUUACCAACCACGGUGUGAUCGCCGUCGGCGUUGGCAUGAACGUCUCGCAGCCCGGCGACGUCUCCAGUGCCAUCUUCCCUGCUCUGCGCAACGCUGCUGUCACCAUGCAAAUCGGCACAAACUGGAACGAAACCGCCCCCUGGUCCCAGAUGAUCGCCGACCAGUACAAGAUCACCGACGAAUACGUACCCCAGCUUGAGGCUGUCACUCCGGGCAGCGGCUGCUACCAGAAUGAAGGCAACUUCCGCCAGCCCAACUGGAAGGAGACCUUCUUCGGCAGCAACUAUUCCCCCCUCCUCUCGGUCAAGUCCAAGUGGGACCCCACGAACUUUUUCUACGUCCUCAAGGGUGUCGGUAGUGAUGCCUGGACGGUUUCCGAGUCCGGUCGGAUGUGCCGCGCUCAGUGA